AUGGCUGGAAAAGAAAAGAAAAAUACUACUUGUGAACGUUGCGGCAAAUCAUUGUCAACGCCUCAAAGACUCCGUGAACAUCGUAGGAGAAAAAAUCCGUGCAAACCAAUUAUUACAGAAAAUUUAUUUAAUGAAGAAUUUCAGCGAUUGGCUAAUAUUACGGGAGAUUAUGAAAAAAUUUUAGUAUUUCGCGAGCAAGAAUUAGGCCCCGCACUUAAAAGACGAGCUAUAGCAGUAUACAAUGCAAGCGUCCCUAGGUAUCAUCCGGACAAUGGAAGUGAUGUAAGAAAAAUGCUGGAAAGUCAAAGAAAAUCUUUCCGAGAAUUACUAGAAAGAGAAUUCGAUAAACGGGGACAAUUUAAGUUUGCACUAUGUUCACUUACCAAAUUUAUUAUGGGAGACAAACCUGGAAACCAACCACGCUGCGAAGCGCCUCCACCUUACAGCGAACUUCCACUGUUUGAAGAAAUACCCAGAGCUUCCACCCCUAAACAGAAAAGUUCGAAAAUCGAUUGGCUACGAAAUAAGCAAAUUAUAGUAUAUAAUCGAUCUGAAAUAGAUAACUACUUAAGCAAUGCAUUCGAGCAAAUUUUAAGUCAAGUGGAGGAGAGAGGAGAACAACCAUUAGAAUCAGCUCAGCAAGUUUCUCGAAAUAAGAAGGCAUACGAGCAUUUGGAAAUAAUCGCUAUGAGAUUAGGUUAUCCAGAUAAUGCACCCCGUGACCCAGAUGCUUUUGAUAAAUUUAUCGAAGAUGAAUUAGAAAAUCGAUUGGGAAAAAUUUCUGGCACAAAGCGAUCUGUUCCAGCCAUACAACAACAGAAGUUAGUUCGCAGUGGUACCACAGCUGUACGACACAAAAAUGCAAGGCAGACAAGACGACGGGCCCCUUCAAGAGUGAGUGGGAAACUGACUAAAAAGGUUAAUUUUGCAGUAAGGUCUGAGGAUAAAGAAGAAUAUUACUCUGAUAGCUCUUCACCAACUUCUGAAGAAUCAGAAGAGGAAGACUCUAGGAGAGAGCGGGUCUACAACUCAUCAGAUCAAGAAGAAAUUGACUCUGAAGAGGAUGAAAACAAUUUACGUCAAUCUUUCGGAUUAAAAAAAAAAAAAGCCAUAAAUUCUGGUUCUAGAGGUAAAUCUCGCAGCCGUACGGCCAAAGCAGGAAAAAAAAAGCAAUCAUCAUUAAAUACCUCAUCUACGGUAACUGUAACUCAAAAAAUAUUCCGGGCAUCUUCUAAGUCAAUGAUAGAAGCGCUGGUUAAAGAAUGUCCCAAACCUAUUUUACCAGAAAUUUUAGAUUAUUUGGGUAAGGUAUAUAACGGUUUGAAGGAUAAGCUUCUAGUCAAUUUUGCAUCGAAAUAUUCCUCCAAGGAGAAAGAAGUAAUUUGGAAAAAUGUUACGGAAUUUUAUAACGAUAUUUUAUUCCCUUUGAUUGAAGCUGUCAAUCGUAUAAGUAAAUCUAACGAACAACCCCAGCCUAACUCAUUAAAUUUCGCAAUCAAUAGACAUUUUAGUGCCGUACGGCGUGAGAACACAAAAAAAUCUUAUUGGCCCGAUCCAAGAUACGAAAUAAAUUUUAUUGAGGCUAAAGACCCCGAUGAUGUGGCAACAAUAUGCUGUAAGGUUGCGUCAAUGACGAUUCCGCAUGCAUUGAUUGAUUCCGGUUCUAAUGACUCACUUAUUUCUGACGAUAUUGCAGAAGACAUGGGACUUAAAAUAGAUACAUCGAAUACUCCACGCAUUACUGGUGUUGCAAGCAAGGCUAACGUUUUAGGAACAUCAUAUAAUGUACCUGUGUCUAUUAGCGACGGAAUAAAUACAAUUUCGGUAAGUGAAAAGUUUUCAAUUGUUAAAGCUGAAAAAAAUAGAGAUGGAGAUUGCAAGUCUCUAGUUCUAUUUGGCAACCCUUUACUCAACAAGCUUGGAUGGGAACCUAUUGUUAAUCGAGAGUUUAAGGCGACCCGCAAUGGUGUGCAUGUUACAAUUCCUCUUUCAGUACAUAAAUCCCAGCGUGAGGUUUUUACAGUAGAAAAUAUUUCAGUGGUACCACCGCAGAAGGCUUUCGUCAAUGAUUUAGAAUUAAAAAAAAUUGAGUGA